ACACACACACAUAUAUAUAUAUAUAUACCCCCAACCCCUCCCCACACAUGCACACACAAACACGUGACUUUUACUUGUGAAUGGCACCGACUCUUGGCACCUCCUGCGGCUGAGAAGUAGCCGUCAGUCCGGGGCGCUGCUACCUGCUGCGGACCGAGCCUGCGCCGCUCGUGGACUGAGUCGCUGGCGUGACUGUCUUCUGCGCUUUGGAGUGAACGCAGCCGCCUUUACCGGCGCAGCAGUUAUUUUUUUAUUUUUUUUUAGGAGUCGCUAUUUCGGACUGAUUGGAGAAACGUGCAGUUUUGGACUGAGGAUCCGCACGGAGCGCUGCAGCAGACACCGGAUCAUCAACAGCAGCAGCAGCAGCGGCGGCGGCGGCAGUGGAAGGAAGGAAGGAAGGCGAUGGUCAGAAAAACAGAGGUUCAAGUCUAGAAAAGAUCUUUCUGUAGUCGAGUCCACGGCAUCUGCUGCAGCCAUGUUUAGGAACAGCUUGAAGAUGCUGCUGACGGGAGGGAAGGCCAACCGCAAGAGCCGCAGCAGUGAUGGUGGGAGCGAGGACUUGGCAGACCCGCGCUCGCCCAGUCUAGACCCUCACCUGAGCCACAUCGGCCAAGGUGGCAGUAUAGACAGUGACUGUGCCUUUGAAGGAGACUACGCCGUGCCCCCGCUCUCCAUGACCGAGGGCAUGCAGCACAUUCGCAUAAUGGAGGGCGUGUCGCGCUCGUUGCCCUCCUCCCCGCUGCUCACCCACCAGACCAUCAGUGUCAGGCUGCAGCCGGUGAAGAAGCUCACAGCCCCUCUGCGGAAAGCAAAGUUUGUGGAGAGCCCUCGCAUUCCACAAUCAGAGCUUGGCUCCCCUACACACACCUCCACCACUGCCAAGAAUCCAGACCUGGACACAUACUGCCCUGGGGAGUCAAGCCAGGAGCUGGGCCCCCCUCCGUCGGUGGAUGAGGCAGCCAACACAUUGAUGACGCGCCUGGGUUUCCUUCUGGGAGACAAAGUGAGCGAGGGGCCACCCGGUACCCAGUACAGCAUGGAGGAACCCGAGGCAAGACAGGGCCAGAACCAGAGGAUCAGCCCGUGCUCCACCCUGACCAGCAGCACCGCCUCCCCACCUGCAGGCAGCCCCUGCUCCACCCUCCCUCCGGCCAUGCCCGGCCAGGCUGGCAACAAGGACUGCGCCUACGGUUCCGUCACCAGUCCCACCUCGACACUGGAGAGCAGGGACAGCGGCAUCAUUGCCACUCUGACCAGCUAUUCCGAGAACAUGGAGCGAGGCGGAAAAUACGGCGAGGGAUCGCGGGGAAACCUGAAGCUGUGGCAGUCCCAGAAAUCAGGCAUGGACUCGUUCCUGUACAGGGUGGACGAAAACAUGACCGCCUCCACCUACAGCCUCAACAAAAUCCCCGAGCGCAACCUGGAGAGCAUGUCCUCCCACUCUGCCCACUCCAUCCCCCUGUACCUCAUGCCCCGCCCCAACUCUGUGGCCGCCACCAGUUCGGCCCACCUGGAGGACCUGGCGUACCUGGAUGAGCAGAGGCACACUCCGCUGCGCACCUCGCUGCGCAUGCCCAGGCAGAGCACCACCUGCGGGCCGGGUCGCUCCGGGCAGGACCUGAGAGCUUCCGCAAAUAAUGCCCAUGCCUGGCAAUCCCAGUCACUGCGCUUUGCACCCUAUCGGCCUCAAGACAUCGCCCUCAAGCCUCUGCUGUUCGAGGUUCCCAGCAUCACCAUGGACUCCGUGUUCACGGGCCGCGAGUGGCUCUUCCAGGAGAUCGACGCCCACCUCAACAGCCCCAACUCCAGCACCAACCAGGGCGUCGUGGUGGUGGGGAACAUCGGCUUCGGCAAGACGGCCAUCAUCUCUCGCCUCGUGGCGCUCAGUUGCCACGGCACCCGCAUGAGACAGAUUGCCUCCGACAGCCCUCAGGCCUCACCCAAACAUGGAGAGGGGCUCCCUCUCACACAGCCACAGCCCACGCAUGGCACCCUAGGAGGAGGCAGCUGUCCCGGGACCCCUGAGAUGAGGCGACGUCAAGAGGAGGCCAUGAGGAGGCUGGCGUCUCAGGUGGUGGCGUACCACUACUGCCAGGCAGAUAACGCCUACACCUGCCUGGUGCCGGAGUUUGUGCACAACGUGGCGGCUCUGUUGUGCCGCUCGCCGCACCUCGUCGCCUACAGGGAGCAGCUGCUGAGGGAGCCGCACCUACAGAGCGUCUUGAGCCUGCGUUCCUGCGUCCAGGACCCCCUGGCCUCCUUCAGGAGGGGGGUCCUGGAGCCCCUGGAUGCACUUUACAAAGAGAGGAAGAUCAACUCCGAGGAGGACCUCAUCAUCCUCAUAGACGGCCUCAACGAGGCGGAGUUCCACAAGCCAGACUACGGAGACACCAUCGUGUCCUUCCUCACCAAAACCAUCAACAAGUUCCCUCCCUGGCUCAAACUGGUGGUCACCGUCAGAACCACGUUACAGGAGAUCACCAAUGCGCUGCCGUUCCACCGCAUCUCCCUGGACAGCCUGGAGGAGAACGACGCCAUAGACCAGGACCUGCAGGGCUACAUCCUGCACCGCAUCCACAGCAGCCCGGAGAUCCAGAACAACAUCUCGCUCAACGGCAAGAUGGACAACACCACCUUCGGCAAGCUCAGCGCCCACCUCAAGGCCCUGAGCCAGGGAUCCUAUCUGUACCUCAAACUCACCUUUGACCUCAUUGAGAAGGGCUACCUUGUCCUCAAAAGCUCCAGCUAUAAGGUGGUUCCCGUCAACCUGGCGGAGGUAUACCUGCUGCAGUGCAACAUGCGCUUCCCCACACAGUCGUCGUUCGAGCGGGCGCUUCCCCUGCUCAACGUGGCCGUGGCCUCGCUCCACCCGCUGAACGACGAGCAGAUAUAUCAGGCCAUCAAUGCUGGGUCGCUGCAGGGCACACUGGACUGGGAAGACUUCCAGCAGCGUGUGGAUAAUCUGUCAGUCUUCCUUGUAAAGAGGAGGGACGGAACAAGGAUGUUUGUUCACCCAUCCUUCAGGGAGUGGCUGAUCUGGAGAGAGGAAGGAGAGAAGACAAAGUUCCUCUGCGAUCCGAGGAGCGGACACACCCUACUGGCCUUCUGGUUCUCUCGGCAGGAGAACAAACUGAACAGACAGCAGACUAUCGAGCUGGGCCAUCACAUCCUCAAAGCACAUAUCUUCAAGGGUCUCAGCAAGAAAGUUGGAGUUUCCUCAUCUAUCUUGCAAGGCCUGUGGGUAUCCUACAGCACAGAGGGUCUCUCAGCGGCACUUUCUUCACUCCGAAACCUCUACACUCCCAACAUCAAGGUGAGCCGGCUGCUGAUGCUGGGCGGCGCCAACGUGAACUACCGCACAGAGGUGCUGAACAACGCGCCCGUCCUGUGCGUCCACUCCCACCUGGGCUACAUGGACAUGGUGUCUCUGCUGCUCGAGUUCGGCGCCUCUGUCGACGCCCAGUCCGAAAGCGGCCUCUCGCCGCUUGGCUACGCCGCCGCCGGGGGACACAUGGCCAUCGUGACCGCGCUGUGCCGCAGGAGAGCCAAGGUGGACCACCUCGAUAAGAACGGCCAGUGCGCCCUGGUUCAUGCAGCCCUCAGGGGCCACAUGGAGGUGGUGAAGUUCCUCAUCCAGUGUGACUGGAGCAUGGGGCAGCAGCAGCAGCAGCAGUCGCCCCAGACCCAACAACAGGCGGCGUUCACCAAGAGCCACGCGGUCCAGCAGGCUCUCAUCGCUGCAGCCAGUAUGGGAUACACAGAGAUUGUGUCCUACCUGCUGGACCUGCCAGAGAAAGAUGAAGAGGAGGUGGAGCGGGCUCAAAUCAAUAACUUUGACACCCUGUGGGGAGAAACAGCUCUGACUGCGGCCUCCGGCCGGGGGAAGCUGGAGGUUUGCCGCCUGCUGCUGGAGCAGGGCGCGGCUGUGGCUCAGCCCAACAGACGGGGCAUCGUGCCGCUGUUCAGCGCCGUCCGACAGGGACACUGGCAGAUUGUGGACCUCUUGCUCACACACGGAGCUGAUGUCAACCUGGCUGACAAGCAGGGUCGUACCCCUCUAAUGAUGGCGGCCUCAGAGGGACAUUUAGGGACUGUUGAGUUUUUAUUAGCUCAAGGAGCCUCUCUGUCUCUGAUGGACAAGGAAGGUCUGACUGCGCUGAGCUGGGCGUGUCUGAAGGGACAUCUGCCCGUCGUCCGCUGCCUGGUGGAGAGCGGAGCCGCCACUGACCACGCCGACAAGAACGGACGCACUCCCCUCGACCUGGCCGCCUUCUACGGAGACUCUGAAGUGGUCCAGUUCUUGGUCGACCACGGGGCCAUGAUAGAGCACGUAGACUACAGCGGGAUGCGUCCUCUCGACAGGGCGGUGGGCUGCAGAAACACGUCGGUGGUGGUCGCCCUGCUCAAGAAAGGCGCCAAGAUAGGAUGUCAGACGCUGCCCAGUCGGCCCCGAGGUCCAGCCACAUGGGCCAUGGCCACCUCCAAACCCGACAUCAUGAUCAUCUUACUCAGCAAACUCAUCGAGGAGGGGGACAGCUUUUACAAGAAGGGGAAGGUGAAAGAGGCUGCUCAACGCUAUCAGUACGCUCUCAAAAAGUUUCCACGCGAAGGCUUCAGCGAGGACCUCAAGACAUUCAGGGAACUCAAAGUAUCGCUUUUCCUCAACCUGUCCCGGUGUCGGAGGAAAAUGAAUGACUUUGGGAUGGCUGAGGAAUUUGCUACCAAGGCACUCGAACUGAAACCAAAAUCGUACGAGGCAUACUACGCCAGGGCACGCGCCAAGCGUAGCAGCAGACAAUUUCCUGAAGCCUUAGAGGACCUGAAUGAAGCCAUAAAGCAGUGCCCCAAUAACAGAGAAAUCCAGCGGCUGCUCCAGAGGGUGGAGGAGGAGUGUCGUCAGCUCAGCCAGGAGGAGCACCAGCAGCAGGACCUGGAGCUGGAGCCUCCGCCCUCCCCUCCUCCUACGCCACCGCCGGAAGAGGAGGAGUCCCUGUCCAUGUCCAUGUCCAUGCCUCUUCCCCCUCCCCCGGAGCCUCGUCUGGAGGACAUGGAGCCCGUCCAGGACCUGUUCGAGGAUGAGGACUACCUGGAGCAGGAGCUGGAGGCCAUGUCGAUGGGUCUGCCACCGGAGUCCCACAGCAAUCCUUCGAGCCUUCCCAUCAUUCAGAGCCCGCCGCUCUCCCCCACGCACCCGGAUCAGAUUUAUUUAACCGGAGGCUCACCCAUGGGCCAGCCCUAUGAGUAUCACCCCACCUCCUCCUCCAUGUCCUCCCCGACUCGAGGCACGUACCAGCCCACGUCGCCCUCCCUCUCCCCGACGCAUCAGAACUCCCACUACCGGCACAGUCCUCCCCACACCUCGCCGGUGCACCAGCCGUCCUACCGCUUCAGCCCGCCCCCGAUGGGCACCGGGGGCCAGGGGAUGGAUCACCAGAGCCCGCCGCCUUCCCCUUUACGACGGGCCGCUCAGUACAGAGCCAGUCCACCGGUAGAAAGCGUGUGCCUGUACAGGUCCCAGUCCGGAUCGCCCGUGCGCUACCAGACGGAGCAGCUCCCCGGCCGACCCAAGUCCCCCCUGUCCAAGAUGACCAGCCAGCGUUCAUUCCAGCUGAGUUCCCAGCCCUCCCUGUCCUCCCAGCACCACCAAGCCCAAGGUCUCCGGCUCCAGCCUUCCAUAGCCCAAAUAGUGCGCACAAACCAGCCCAGCAGUGUGAUGGGUAACAGCAGCUACGGCGGCCAGAUGGGCCACUCCAUGGGCGGUCGCUACCAAGGGGGUUCAGUGGACGUGGAGAGCCGCCUGGUUUACCAGCCCUCCCUGGACGGACGGUCCAUGCCCCAGGUCCAGGCCAGCCUCAGCUCUGGGGCCCUCUGUCAGCACGGCGGCCGAGGAGGGGUUAUGGAGUCGAGCCUGUUGAAGGAUGACUUGCCCCAGCGCCCCUCCUCUGCCUACCGCGCCAGCAGCGGGGGCCCGGGGGGCAUCCGUUACAGCCAGACACCUCAAAUAAGCCGCAGCCAGUCAGCCGCCUAUUACCCAGUGUCUGAACAUGUACUGGAGCGCGCCAACGCUAUGCCCCCCUGCCAGCUGGGCUCUCCUGAGAUCCCCCAUAUGGUGAGACGCCCCGUGAGUGCCAAUACUACUGAGAUGAAGCAGCAUGUGCCCACCCCCAGGCCUCUCAUUCACUCUCAAAGCGUAGGUCUGCGAUUCUCCCCCUCCAGCAACAACAUCUCAACCGGAUCCACGACGAAUUUAGCACCGGGCUUCAGGCCUUCCUCCUCCAUUCAGCAGAUGGAGAUACCCCUGCAACCCACGUAUGAGCGCACCUGCGAUGACAUCUCUCCCAUCUCCCCCUCUCAGGGCGGCGGGGGGCUGUAUCAGGGCGAGACCACCCGCUCUCGGAACACGCCCUUCAUGGGCAUCAUAGACAAGACGGCACGGACUCAGCAGUACCUGCAUCAGCCCACCAGGUCCAGGGCCAUGACGUCUAUGGAUUCCGCUAUUAGCCCCACCUCGCCUGGCCAGCUGGUCCAACAAGGGUCCACCUACAGCCCCCCUGCCUCACUGGGUAACAUCGCCUACUACAAUAAGACCAACAACGCCCAAAAUGGACAUUUGUUGGAGGAGGACUACUACUCCCAGACCCAGCCCCCGUCACUCGGCAAAUUGGCCAACGGCUCUCGUGGCAGCGGGGACAUCCUGGAGCGGGUCAGCCAGGUGCCCACGUACCCCGACGUGAAGGUGGCGAGAACUCUGCCAGUGGCACAAGCCUACCAGGACAACAUGUACCGCCAGCUCUCGCGUGACUCCCGGACCCAAGGCCCCACUUCCCCCAUCAAACCAAAGAGACCAUUUGUGGAGUCAAAUGUGUGAUGGCCUGUCUGUGAGUGGAUGGUUUGAACUGGGCUUGUUUGUGGAAGUGAGAGGGGAAAAAAAUAAUAUAUAUUUAUUUCAAAAGCAGAUAUGACAUGUGACCUGUGUAUGUGACAAUGGACGAACUCAUCUGGAAGAAAGAGACGAAUGGAGUCAGAAUGGAAACUAUACAACUUGCAAACACACACACACACACACACACACACUUAGAUUUAAUAGACAUUAUCGUAUAUGAAAAACAUGACUUAACGAUGAGAAGUGAUCAUUUCAUUCACAUAUUCUGCACACAUGUAGGAUAACGGGAGGGUUCUGAGUUCGGAUCUCGUUCUAAAUCAAAGACCAGUGCACUUCCAAAAACGUUGCGUGGCACAAAGCUCCCACAAGCGGCCACAACAGGUGGGACUGCAAGCGUGAAAGUACUUACUCAUCGGACUCUACUCGUGGACUCGUAUCCAUCUUCUGUUCUUUCAAAGUGUGCUCUUAACCAAGGUUGCUAGUAGGCUCUAUUCUAUGUAAUACAAUAUUAUAUGUUCAAUACUGUACAUUUGCUCAGAAAAUACAAAAAGGCUCAACAACUCAGUACUUAGAGAAAAAUGACAAUAUUUAUAAUUAAGUUAUAUAUUGUACAUAGAAAUAAAACAUAGUUUGCAUUUUGAAUUUUUAUUUUCCGUUAACCCUGCCGAUGUCUCACACUGCUUAGUAACAUGGACGUGGAGGAAGGAAUGAGGGACACGGGGCUGACCUUGAAUGGCAUGAAUACCUCGAAUGUGUCAAAAUAAAAAAAAGGAUUUUUGUCAUGUAAUGCAAACUUAUAAAUUGUUCUGCGUCUUAGUUUUGGAUAGAGUAACAUCCUACUCCAUGAUAUGUCUCUUUUUGUGAUCUGUAAGGGCAUAAAACCGUUAUUCCUCACACAGGAAAAACAGAAUGUUUGUCAUGUGUGCUUGAAAAAUCAAUUAUCACUCUCACUAGAUUAUUUUUAUGUAAAACAUUUGUUUAAGCUAAAAGCACAUAUGUUAGGCUUAACCAGAAUAGCAAAAAGUAAAAUGCAUUUUAAAGUCUAGGCCGUUUUGAAAAUGCUUGUAUCACAACAAAAAAAUCCAACGUUUCAGUCCCUCAAUUAUUAUUUUUCUGAUUUAAUCCUUUUUGCAAUAUCUGUGAUGAUUUCCUGCAUUUCUUUCUCACUCCGCAGACCUUAAAUAUUCCAUCUUAUAUCAAGCGAAACUAAAUAGACUCUCAAGGCCUUAAACCUUUGCCGUGUAUUAGUCUAGUUUUCUGUCAGGAAACAUAACACUUUGUGGCAAAGUAGUUUUUCCCCCCCAGCUCAGAUUUUAUCCAGAUCUUCGGCUGUAGGAAUAUUAAAUAGUCUCCGAGAGAAUGAGCGGUGAUAUUUAUCACAUGUCACUCGAGCGUCAGAGUUUGCCUUUGUCCCUCCUUCCUGCUGCUGAUGGGUUAAGAUAGCGCUCACCGACGGAAAAGCAAGCAAAUGCGUACACCACCACCGUUACAGACCCUUCCUUCCGCUUUAUUUUGUCUCCGUUUCUUUUUUCUCCAUAAUGCAUUUUUAUUCAGCCACUUCUGCACUAAAAAUGCCUGUUAAUUUCUUAACUAAGGGUGCACUUUAUGUAUUUUACUUACUCUGUUGUUAUGAUUGUUGAGUUUGGAGAAAAUGGGUGCGUGUAGAUCAGUGUGACCGGCGUUAACCAGACUAUCAUAGACACUACUACUACUACUACUAUUAUUAUUAUUAUUAUUAUUAUUAUUAUUAUUAUAUGAUUUGCAACGCAGUGAUGAAUGACGAUAUGAAGAGCAAACAAAUGUUUUUAAACCGGUGAGGAUGUAUAGACUUUCUAGCACAAGUUGUAUAUACUGGCUGAGAUAUUUUCCGCUCCGUCCGGCUCGGUUUCUGUUUCAAGAGGUCGCUCAUAGUCAUUAAAAGAAACGAUCCAUUAAAAGUCCUCUAUAAGUCGGCCAGUCUAACCCGCUGGUCUUGCACACAUCUCGAGAAUAAGUGGAAUCUACUGCAACAAGAACAGAUUUUAGUAUCCAGAAACUCCAUAUUUGGAGUUGGGGUCAUAGAGAUAGCGGGAUAGCGGGAAGUUAUUUGUAUAUGUGGGAAAGGUUAUAGACCAUUUGUCUGUAACAUUUUAUUUUGGACGUCCAAUAAAGAAUAUCCUCCUCCUGUCCAUCCUCAGUUUCACCCGCUACCAGAGAGAUGCCCUACUUAUCUUUAAAGAAAUGAAGGUAUAAACUGUAUUAUACUUAAUUUACUUUUUAAGUUGAGGACAUGUGAGGGUGUAUGGUUUCAAGCUGUAUGUGUAUAUUAGUUUGCUGUAAAUAGUCCGAUGCAUGUUCUAUUCUUUCCAAGCAGAAACAUGUAUAGCCGUGUCUCCGGUGUGCGGUGAUGCGGCGCCGGGAUUUUCCGAUAAGGAGACUGCUGUCCCUGAACUGUCCUUAUCAUUUCCCCGUCGGCCCCCACCGGACAAAAGCGAGAGGUUCUUUUUAUUUUAUUUUGACGUAUUUGCUUGCUGAGCAGAGUUCUCUUGUCUGUAAAUGUGAGCUUUCAGAUCGCUGUGAUAAAAAGUUUAAUUAAAAACAAUAAAAAAGAAUGUGUUUUUAUCUCAUGAUAACUGAUUGUAAUCUGUACAGUCAAGCCUAUGUAUUGGAGAAAAAGAAAAAAAAAGGACAUAUUUAUAAAUGGUUACCAACUGAAACACA